GAUGGUGAGCUGGAAAAGAGAGAUGCAGCCAUCCAACCGGAAGAGACAGAACUCUGCUCUGCAUGCAGCAACUCUCAUGUGCAGCCGGGCGGCCAGUUCUGUGGAGAUGGAGGCAGUUCUGUCAAAGCCUCGGUUCCAUUUGGACCUCUGGCUCGGCUUCACCGUCCACAACUGGAUCCUGGAUGUGGGCCGGCCUGUUGUCAUGCUCAUCCUUCCAGCAGACUGGUUUCCUCUGAACCGUCCUGGUGCUGCAGAAUACCUCCACAUACUGUACAACAUCACCACACCGCUCAUCCUGCUCAAAAUGCUUGAACGCAGCCCCAGGACGCUGCCCCGGCCUGCUGUCCAUCUCGGCAUCAUUGCCGUCGUCAUGGGAACCAGCCUCCACCUGGCAGCCGACUCCAUCACCCGACGGCUCUUGGUGAUUGGCUACCAGCUGCACCUGUCAGUCAGAGAGAAUCCAAUCAUGAGGAACCUCAAACCGUCGUCUCUGAUCGAUGCCUUUGAGCUCCUGUUUUACUUUGACGACACCCUUGGUCAUCUGAUGUGGUUUGUUCCCCUCUUCCUCGUCCUCUUCCUCUUCUUCAGUGGUUGUUUUAGUCACAGGAGACAGGAGGAGAAGAUGCCGCCGGCAGGGUGGAUGCUACUGGUCCCCAGUGCCGCCUACUACUGGUACCUGAUCACUGAGGGACAGACCUUCAUCCUCUUCAUCUUCACCUUCUUUGCCAUGACCGCCACAGUGAUGCACCAGAGGAGGCGGGGCAUGGUUCCCGACGGCAACGGCCUCUUCAUGCUCUACAGUUUCUCUGCAGCUCUUUUCCUGGUGGCGCUCUGGGUGGCCUGUCUGUGGAGCGACGGUGUCCUGAGGAAGAAGCACCCCGGGCUUAUCUACAUCCCACAGCCUCGCGCCGUAUACACACUCCACAUCCGUCAGGGCACCCAGACGUAACAGAAGUGCUCAUUUAAAAAAACACUUUCUCCAACAGACAUUCAGCCUUCCCUCUGUCAGUGAGUCAAUGUGUCACUUUAAUCUGACCACAUGCAGGUGGAACCAGACGCUCUGUUCUGUAGCUACCAAGUUUUGAGGGGACAGAUAAUGGAUUUCCUCUGCUCUGGUUGAAACUUUCAAAUGUUGUAAUGGCAAAAAAAAAAAAUUAAGGUUGUGAUCAGAGGAGGACAGAAAUG